AGCGGCGCCGGGGCGGACGAAGCGGGCUCCGAAGUUGAGGCGCGGCUCGUCCCCGCGGCCCCCCCCUCCGCCGCCCCGGGCUCGCGCCGCUGCUCAAGCCCCGGAGGGUGAACCCGGCCCCCGAAAGAGGCCCGAGGCCUCCGGUGGCCCCGGAGCGGGCGGCCGGCCUGCGGAGCCCCUGGCGGCCCCGGUCUCUCCUCCCCCCCCCGUCGCCUAGGCCCAUCUCCCGGGAAGGACUUCAGGUCAUCCAGCAAGCUUGGGGGCGAGGCGGAGACUUGAACCCAGGUUUCCGUCUUGACCAUUCUAUCCACUCCCCAGAACCUAUCUGAAUGAGUACAGCCCAAGGGGGCUGGAGUUGUGACAUGGUACAACCAGGCGGGUGCCCGGGUAAUGACUGCGGCAUGAUGGGCGAUGAUUCCUCUCUGGGCAAAGCUGCCACCAUUCACCUUCCAGCUGAGCUGGCAGGUCAUGAGGUUGUGCAGCACUUUCUGGCUGAGAACAGAGAUCUCAAAGAAGCUAUCCGACAAAGUAACCACAUGCUGCGGGAGCGCUACAAGGAGUUCCUGCAAUUCCAGGCUUCCCACAAGGAGGAGAAGGAGUUCCUCAUGCUCAAGUUCCAGGAAGCCCGACUUGUGGUGGAAAAGCUGCACUUAGAACGCACAGGGCUGAAAAAGCAGUUGGAGCAGGCUGUCCAGGAACUGGAGCGACUGAAGGAGCAACUGACAGUAUCUCAGCCAUUUCCCAAAGAGAAAGAGACCUCUGGAGCACAAGAGGAGCCAGACACUGUAACCCUUACUCAAGGAGAAGCUGUACUUGCUCUGGUCCCUGAGAUGCCACAGCAGAAAAAGGAGAGGCUGGAGGAGGAUUUGAAGGAGCUCCAGGAAGCCAACCAGGUCUUGCAGAAAGAGAAGCUGGCAUUGCAGGCUGAGAUCUGUGCACUGCAACAAGCAGUGAAGGGCACCUCGCCCACAGAAAAGCCUGCAGUAAAGAUGAAGGAGAAUGGAGUUGCAGAAGAACAACCUGUGGAAUUGCAAUCCUUGCAGGGCUCAGGGGCCAGAAAUAGUUCUGGUCAGGACCAGGCUGAAGAGCUAUGCAAGAGGGUGAAGGAGGUAGAGGAUGAGAGUUCAGCCCUUCGUCAAGAGCUGGCAUCAGCCAGAGAGGAGCUUGUGCGUCUGGCAGCAUGGGAGCACGAGACCCAGCAGCAGCUACAAACACUGAGCAAGCAGUUGGAGCAGGCUGGGGAGGACAAGGCCUCAGUAAAGGCUCAGGUGACUUCCUUGUUGGGGGAGUUGCAGGAGAGCCAAAGUCGCCUGGAAACCUGCACACAGGAAAAGAAAGAGCUGGAGGAGAGGGUCCGUGCAGCUGGCGAAAGACUCCAACAUCUUGAAAAGGAGGCUGAAGCCCGCACCAAACAGCACAGUGUGCAAGUCGAUCAGUUGCGCCUGCAGGUGCAAAAUCUAGAAAGCGCCUUGCGAGUGGAGCGGCAGAGCGCCACAGAGGAAAAGAGAAAAUUAGCUCAGCUGCAGGUGGCCUAUCACCAGCUCUUCCAGGAGUAUGACUCUCAUAUCAAAGCCAGUCUAGAAAAUGAGAAGUGGAGCCAGGGUUUGGAUGUGCGGGCUGCUGAAUUGUCUGAGCAAUUACAGCAGGCUGAGGAGGCUCUGGUGGCCAAGCAGGAACUGAUUGACAAGCUGAAGGAGGAGGCUGAGCAGCACAAGGCUAUCAUGGAGACUGUGCCAGUGCUCAAGGCACAGGCUGAUAUCUACAAGACAGACUUCUUGGCAGAGCGUCAUGCUCGGGAAAAACUACAUGAACAGCGAGAGGCCCUGCUGGAGCAAGUUGCUCAACUGCAGAGAGAUUAUGAAAAGCUGCAAGCAGAAUCUGAGGGAGUCAGACGUUCUCUGAUGGAAGAGAUGAGGAAUCGCCAUUCAGAAAUGCGGCCACAACCUCAGCCAGGUUUCCUGAGGGGUCCUGCCCCAUUCCACCCCCAGCUUCUAACAGUGAGAAGACAAAGCCUUGCUGAAGAACCAAUUGAGUUCUCUUGUCCCAAGUGCCAGUACAGGGCUCCAGACAUGGACACUCUACAAAUCCACGUCAUGGACUGUAUCCAGUGACACUGAUUGAGGAAGGGAAUGAGUGUUCCAUUCUGUGGUAUCAUUUUGUUGCCUUAAGCCAAACCAGCAGUACAGCUAAGAGUUUACCUUGGAGCAAAGAUCAUUGACUGUUUCCUCCCUACCUGUAUGUCAUUAACUUUUUUCCUUCUAUGAAAAUGGUAAAGCCUGCUGCUGUCCUCCUUCAAAGCCUGGCUACCAUAGCCAUGGGGUUUUCACUGUUUUAGGUUUGUGUGAAAUAAUGUGUUUGAUCUACUGUAUGUCAAGAGGAUUCAGCCACCCCUUUAACAUAACAAACAAUACAUAUCUCAGUAGCUCUUUUAAGGGUGCUUCUCCAUGAAGACUGCUCAUUCUUGCUUUCUCUAAGUGCCUCCCAAGAUACAGGAAGAAUCCUCCAAGCUACAUACCCUAACUGUGCCUUAAACAUUUCCUUAGCCAAGCUGUGAUGAGGAAGCCCAUGCAAUAGAGAAAGAGAAUAGUUUAUUUCUUUUGCUUUCCAAGAGGUAUGCCCAGUUGAAACUGCUUAUUGGGGUUAGUUACCAGUAUUUCUACAGUAUGAAGAGUCACCAUACAACUCCUACUUUCUCUAAAGUCAAUUAAAGUAAAGUUCAAGAUCA